AUGGAUUCUCAUCGUGAUACAUUAUCAGCACGACUCCAGAUUCCGCGACUGGCCAGAUCCCUGUCGUUCACAGCACCACCUUGGAAAAGGCGUACGCAAGCUGAAGAACCAACAGCAAAAUAUGAUGCAAAGCAUUCAGGAUCAGCCAUCUCUCAACUUGUUUCCAGCACCAUCGCCUUUUUGGUUCUGACUCCACCAGACACAACUCCCCCCGCAGAGAACGAGGAUCAAGAAUUUGAAUCCCUGUGUCGUGUAAAUCCUAAGAAAGCCUUGGCGACGCGAUCUCUCAACCUCCUCCGGCCAAAGAGCGUACCGAAUCUCAGACAUGCUCAGAAGGAGCAGCGGCCAAGGAAAACUCUUCACGUGUCGACUGACAACCUGAAGUCCUUAUCCGGUCCAUUGACACACAAUGCCUCGCCAAUCUUGAUAGUCGCUCCAGAGAACAUGCCCCUUGGACAUAAAGUGAUCAACCUCGUCGGGUCACGGGAGGUAGGCCAGAAUAUUGACGGAACACCAGUCGCACCUUCACCCACGCUGGUCGGCGCAUCUCUUCAGACAGGACACAAGCAACUUUCUCUGCACUAUGCCUCUUUGUACCUUUCUAUUCAAGGGGCCGAACCGAUCAGCCACCGGACUCUGCCUGUUCACGAAAGUCCACAGAUUUCGGCCUCGAUCAUGCCAAACCUUUCGCCUCUACGAAUAUUGCAGCUGAUUCCUGACGCAACAAGUGAUGCACUGAACGAUGGAUCAAUCAUUACGCAGUUCUUUACGCCAGCAACCUCCCCCUUGGCCUACGAAAGUACACAGCCGAGUGUCGCCGUUUCGACACCCUCUCCUAGCUUUUUUUCACACCCUUCUACACGUAAUUCGGUGGAUCAGGUUUUGGCUACAGACGCAGAGACGAGUGUCGAGUCUACUAGUGUCAAGGAAGAAGUCAGGGCUCGCAAUGAUCACGACGCCGAAAUCAGUCGUGAGAUGCCGUCGGCCUCCGAGUCGGACCUCAUAAGGGACAUUACAGCCGAUUUGGAUGUCUUCCUGAUGGCGUCUCCAAUGGGUAGUCGCAUUCAGCAGACGGAGAGUAUAGAGUUCAAGGGUCGGAGGUGGGACUACCUCGAUAAACCGACUUUUGGUCCCGCCUUGCAAGAACAGCCGAUGUUUGCCUUAUCUCGAUGCCGUGCUCUUCCUUCAAGCUCGUCCAUUCUACGCCCGCUCACCCAGGCAGACUUUGAUGCCUCGUUUGUAGAAGUGUUCCAGGUCAAGCGCAAGUAA